UUAGACUGUGAGUCUUUUUUUGGUUCAGCGCUGGGUAUCACCAGCAGGAGUUUGGGUCACCAGCUGCAGAACUUGCGGAACUGCUGGGGGCCCAGGCUGACCAAAUGCAGGAAAAUGCUGACAGCUAGAGUGGGUGAAUAUCCUGUGAAUGGAAAGUGACUGGAUGGUCAAUGAUGGUCAAGAGUCAAGAGUUGCAUGCAUCAAGUGCAUCAAGCAAGUCUUGGCCAGAGUGCAUGCUGAUAGGAGGCAGGGCAAAGAUUCCACUCUAUCUACGUUUCUGUGUGUUGUGAAGUCGUUAAGCCAACCUUCUUUUGUUGGCUCAAGCUAUCAAGUACUUGCUUGAAAACCCGGACGCCUCACUUCUCGCGGCGGCUUGGUCCACCAGCUGCGUGAUGGGUGAACAGGUCACGAUGCAUGGAGUGCUUCACAUCGCUUCUUCAUGUUGGCUGAUCAAACACCAUGCGAUCCUGGAUCUCCUGAGUGGUGAAGUGUUUCAUUUCGUUCCAGAAGAAUUGAAAUAGGAGACUGCGAGCAAGUUCUGGGAAGAGUAUGGUGCCUUUCCUUCACUCGCCGCCUCUCAAAGCCCCAAACAUGCUGAGCGGAAGUGCUCAGGAUUGGGCAAGAGAAAAGGUUGGUACCGAGUUUGGUCCCACUGGUUAUGAAUGGGACUGUCAGAAUUGCGAACACUUUGCAACAUGGUGCUUCUAUAACAAAGGUGAGGGGCAGCGUGCACAGGUUCAGCCGAUCAAUGGUGGUCUUGCUGCAGUUCAGGGAGAAAAGUGGUGGUCCGCUGCAAACAUUGCAGCAAGUGCUACGUGGAAGCUUGGGGUGGUGAAUACGGCAAAUCGAUGGUGUCACAGUGUCAAGUCCUGAAACCUAUCCAAAUUAUGAAUGAAACUGCCUCUCCCAUCAAAGUGGAGCUGAAAGCCAGCAACGCCACUAUGUUGUAUAACAUCCAAGCUGAUUUCGGAGCCGGAGUCGGCAAGAUUGCAGGGACUAUCACGAGCGGAGGGUGCGAUUUCUUAAGCCCACCUGUGGACGAGGAGCAGGUGGAGAACUUUACAUUACUUGUCGCGUGGUGUUGAAUGUGUUGUUUCCUCCGUUGUGGACAAGACAGGCUUGCCAGAUUGCAUGCAGUUUCUUUGUCAAGUGUGCCUCUUUGGGUUGCAUGUUUUGUCUUCAGAGGGCAGCUUCUCAAUCCCAACUCCAAACGCGAUGCUUCCCUGCCCCAUCUUCCGGUUUUGUCAAUUUAGUAUCUUAAUAUCCUUCCUUUGCCGCAAAAGCGAGGUCAAGCCAGAAGAUGGUCGGGAAGAAGAACAUACGGUUCAACAUGUUCAACGAGGGCAAAUGGUGCAUUGGCCGUCUUGCCGCAUUCGCAGCAUGCAUUGGCCGUCUUAUGACCUUCGCAGCAAAAUGUGAGGCGCAGUCGGCAGAUGUCAAGAGAUGUCUAGCCACAGUUAGCCAUGACACCUUCAACAUCCUUCAACUUCAGGGUGUGCAAGUCGCAUGGCGCUGGAGGUGAUGUGGAGGGUAUCGGCCAGCUGGGGUGGGAUCGGAGCAAGGUCCAC